UUUUUUUUUUCUUUCCUUUUUUUUUUCUUCCUUUUCUUUUCACUGCCGCUGCCGACUCCUACCAUGGUAAAACAUCCAUCCACAACCCGCUACUGUGACUGGCUUGGUCGACACGGUCUGCUCCAUAUCGGAUAUCUUCCGACAAACGACGCAUCUCACCCAGUCUAUCCUGCGGCCUCUCCCUCUUUCUCUCCACCCUCCCGGUUCUUCUCUCGGCAGAGCACACCCAGUACCUUACAUACCGAGCCUUCCCCCCCAGCCCUGUUUGAGUUGCCGACGGGCACGGGUGUGGCGGGCCCAGUAGUCCUAUACUGCCGCCGCUUCUGCUACGGGUGUGCUACGCUUGUGCUUGUUUCUGUUGGCGGAUCUGACGCUGGAAAUGGCAUAAUUGCUUGGAAGGGUAAGGGUCAAACAGAGGGCCAUGGGGGUCAUCGUCCCGCAUUCGCACCCGCAGCUCGCGAUAUGGCUGUUCUUUGUCAAGUACCCUCCUCCACUUUUGAUGCAUAUUGCGCAAGUAAUACCUAUCCGUAGUGCCGUGAGUUGUAUUAUGUCGUGGUGAGAAGCUCACAGGCUCCUGCUCCCUCACUUCAUACGCCGAACUUACCUCUUGUUAGGUAAACUGGGGAGCUCUAGAUUUGGUUCGAGGAGCCCCAGUGUCCCCUCUUUCUCUCCGGGCCCUAAGAAGUGCCCCAGAAGCACAGGCGAAAGGGAGAAAAAGGAUGCAUGAAUACAAAGCACUAAGCCGGUUCGGGAACUCGGACAGACCAGGUGAGAAUCGGGCGAGAAAAGAUACGCAGCCAACUCUCCGUACACUACGGAUACCUACUAUGUAGACAAGUCUC